UUAUAACUGAAGUAUUACUUAAUCAUAUGCCAACAUUGUAAUUAUAACCUCGACUGAAACUAUCACCUCUAUGUAUAUGGAAAGACAAAUGGGGACGAUAAUUAAAAUACAGAAUAUCUCGAAAACUCAAAAGAGUCUCGGACUUUUUGUGAUCGUUUCUACAGUGUGUUUCUUGGUGUAUUUUAAUGAAUAUAGAGUAUCCGAAAUAGAAUUGAAACCGUGCAAAUUGAUGACGCUUAACCCAUGGGACGAGUCUCUCAAACCCUUUAUGAAGAAUGAGCCACCAAUUAUUUGUUCAAAUCGAGAACAACUAAUGUUUGUUGACAAAGGAUUUCUACGAUUUAAUGAGACGGUGAUGGAAAAAUAUCAAAUAGACACAAGAUUUGUGAAAUGUUUUUACAGUAACUUAAAAAGAAAUGGUGGAGAUAAAGAUGUUAUAUUCGAAGACGAGGUUAAAUUUGUGGCUCCGAUUUUCAUUAAAAGUCAUGUGUUUCGUGUGCGCUGUGUUGAUGUGAAUGAUAAUGAGUUUUAUGAUUAUUUACACUUUAAUCCUGUCUGGAACAAUGAUGCUAAAAUGGCAGACGAUGUUGAAAAUGAGAGCGAAAGUAAGCUCAGUGUGAUCAUAGUUGGAAUCGAUUCUGUUUCACGUUCGCAUGCUAUUCGUAAUCUACCAAAGUCUUAUAGGUUUUUGUUAGAAGAAUUCCAUGCAUACGAUUUUGAGGGUUACAGCAAAGUUGGUGAAAAUACAGGUCCAAAUAUAUUUCCUUUAUUAACUGGUCAGUCAAAUAGAAAUUUCCCGUUUGUGCUUCAUUUGCGAAAACAUGCAGAUGCUCUACCCCUUCUAUGGAACGAAAAAGUUGUAAAGAAUAAUUUCGCGACAUUCUUUGCUGAAGACGGAAACGACAUUGCAGUUUUUUCAGGGACUGGAAAAAGCGGAUUUAAGGAUCAACCAACGGACUUCUAUUUUCGUCCCUUCGGUCUGGGUACGCGUAAAUUUGAGCCAAUGAUAAUUGAUUUACUAGGAAAAGCCUCUGAAUUUUGCUAUGGUACAGAUAACUAUUUAGAAUUAGAAAUAGAAUAUAUGAAAGGUUUUUUAAUGAGGUAUCAAAGUAAACGAAAGUAUGCAUUCAUAUGGAAUAAUCAAGCCAGUCACGAGUCUUUCACAACAUUACAACAUGAGGAUAACCGAUUAUUAGAGUUUCUUAAAUGGAUGCAAUACACAAACCAAACAAAGAAUGCCAUAUUGAUACUUUUAAGUGAUCAUGGAUACCGUACUGGUGGUUCUUCGCUUACACACAUUGGCAGGGCCGAAAAUAACAAACCAUGGCUAAUGGUACACGUACCUGAAUAUUUGAAAAGAAAAUAUAGUUGGAUACAUGAAACAAUGUUACAAAACACUAAACGACUUCUCUCUAUUUAUGAUAUAUAUCAAACCACAUUCGACUUAGUUCAUGAUGUUGCCUUCACCAAACAAAAGAACGCAAGCAUGAUCGGUAAUAUUAUUAGAAGGAAUAUUUUCUAUGAGAUACCUCGUGAAAGAACAUGUCUUGACGCCGGUAUUGAAAAAAGGUAUUGCAUGUGCGAUGAUAAAAUGCCUGUGUCCACCGACAAUGGAUUUAUUUAUUCUUUAGCCAAGUUUCUUGUCAACGAAAUAAAUAAUAUUUUAUCAAAAUAUCAAAGUGAAUGUAAUAUUCUCUCUCUUCACAAUGUAACAGAAGCUUCAGUUACGUACUCAAUGAGUGACAAGGACACCUUUGGUCGAAUACCAAAUGCUCCUAAAGGAAUACUUAAUAAAUUACUAUCAAAUUUUAAAACAAAACAAGACCAGACUGGUCGUUAUUUCAUUUUGUUUCAUACGAAUCAUGGAAACGCUUUAUUUGAAGGAACUGUAGACUAUGCGGAAUUUGGCCCGAAAGGGAUCAAGAACGAAAUGACGAUGAUUGAAGAACCAUUCCGAUUAGAUAGAUAUGGUAACCAAUCAUAUUGUGUAGAAGAUUCCUUUUUGAAACCUUUUUGUUAUUGUAAGAACUUCAAACAGCACUUAUGACUGUUAAGUUAUUAAUAAAU